GCGGCGAGUCCGGCGAGGUGAAGCACAGUGGAGGAGGAACUGGGAAACUGCGAGCUGAGAGAGCAGGUCUGUGUGUGUUUUUCCCGAUUCAUAUGAGCGCAGAGCCUCCAGCGUGAAGAAUGCGGACAGGACUAGGAAAACUACUGCUUUUACACGUUUUUCUCAUGGAGACUUUCUAUACUAAAGGGAGUGAGACAGCUUGUGAAACGGGACAGUUCCGGUGUAGAAACGGCAGGUGUAUUCCCACACCGUGGCGAUGCGACGACGACGACGACUGCACUGACAACAGCGACGAGGAACACUGCCUGAAGACCACGUGUUCUGUAGAAGACUUUACCUGUACGAAUGGACAGUGUGUGCCAGCUCGCUGGAAAUGCGACGGGGAACCUGAAUGUCUAGACGGAUCUGACGAGGCUGAAUCUACGUGCAAUCGGCAGGCAUGUCCACCCGAGAAGUUUGACUGUGGAAGCAGCACAAACAAAUGUGUGUCUCUGUCCUGGCGCUGUGACGGAGAGACGGACUGUGAUAAUGGAGCGGAUGAGGAACACUGUGCUGCCGAUGAGAAGGUUUGUCCGCCGAAAGAGUUCCAGUGCCGGAACGGCAUGUGCGUGGCCCCGGGCUUCGUCUGCGAUGGUGACGAUGACUGCGGAGACAACAGCGAUGAAGAGAAGUGCUCAUCAAGCACAGCCACCACAUGCAGCCCUCGGGAGUUCCGCUGCAACAACUCCGAGUGUAUCCCGGCUCUGUGGAGCUGCGACGGCGACCCUGACUGCAGAGAUAAAUCAGACGAGUCGCCGGAGCGCUGUCACAGCAGGAACGAGCCGCAGAAGCAAGGAUGCCCUGCUGGAGAGUUCCAGUGUGGCAGCGGGGAGUGCGUCCAUCUCAACUGGAAAUGCGACGGCGACCCAGACUGCAAGGACAAGUCCGAUGAGACAAACUGUCUUCUCCUUACCUGCAGGCCAGAUCAGUUUCAGUGUGGUGAUGGCUCCUGUAUUCACGGCACUAAGCAGUGUAACCAUGUGCACGACUGUCCGGACUUCAGUGAUGAAGCAGGCUGUAUCAACAAGACUACUAAAUGUGAAGGGCCGCUGAAGUUCACGUGCAAUAACGGAGAGUGUAUCGACAGCAUCAGGGUGUGUGACAACAUCAAGGACUGUAAGGACUGGUCAGAUGAACCCAUGAAGCAGUGUGGCAUCAAUGAAUGUGCCAAUAACAAUGGCGGCUGCUCUCACAUAUGCAGGGACCAGCGGAUAGGCUACGAGUGCGACUGUCCCUCAGGUUACAUGCUGCUGGAUCAGAGGACUUGUGGAGACAUAGAUGAAUGUGAGAACCCAGACACCUGCAGUCAAAUUUGCAUCAACUACAAAGGUGACUACAAGUGUGAAUGCUACGAGGGCUACGAAAUGGAUCCAGUUUCCAAGACAUGCAAGGCUGUGGGUCAAAGUCCAUACCUGAUGUUCACCAACCGACACGAGAUCCGACGGAUCGACCUGGUGAGGAGGGACUACACGCAGGUGGUGCCCACCCUGAAAAACGCCGUGGCGUUGGACGUAGACGUCACCACAAACAAGAUGUACUGGUGUGACCUUUUCCAUCGCAAGAUCUUUAGCGCAUACAUCAACAAAGCCAGUAACUCAUCUGAGCAGAUCACACUCAUCGAUUCAGCACUACAUUCCCCAGAAGGCAUAGCUGUCGAUUGGGUCCACAAUAACAUCUACUGGACUGAUUCUGGACACAAAACUGUCUCCGUCGCCACUACUGAUGGCAAAAAGAGAAAAGUGUUGGUUGACAACGAGCUGAGUGAACCACGGGCCAUUGCGCUUGAUCCCAGACAAGGGUUCAUGUACUGGUCAGACUGGGGGAUCCAGGCUAAAAUUGAGAAGGCUGGACUGAAUGGUGUGGACCGCCAGGUGCUGGUCUCAGAGCGAAUCGAAUGGCCUAAUGGGAUUACUUUAGAUUUGUCCAGCAGACGUCUGUACUGGGUGGACUCCAAACUGCACCUCAUCUCCAGCGUGGACCUGAAUGGAGAUAAUCGCAGGGUCCUGCUCUCGUCUACUGAGCACCUGGGCCAUCCCUUCGCCCUCACGCUGUUCGAGGACCGAGUAUAUUGGACAGAUCUGGAGGAUGAGGCUAUUUACAGUGUGAACCGGCUAACAGGCCACGAUAUAUCCAUGCUGGCGCAGCACCUGAACAGCCCGCUGGACGUGGUGGUGUUCCAUGAGCUCCGGCAGCCCAAAGCUCCAGACAGCUGUAAUAUGGGGAGUUUGCCCAACGGUGGUUGUGAGUACCUGUGUCUGAGAGCUCCGCAGAUCACAGAGCACUCGCCCAGAUACACCUGCGCCUGUCCUGACGACGCGGAGCUCGGCCCGGACAUGCGCCGCUGUGUCGCAGUACCAAAGCCCAGGUCUACAACAACUACACCUUCUUCAACUACGACAACAGAACCUUCUACACCUUCCACACCUCCAUCGACCACUUCGACUUCGACAACUAUCACCAGUACAAUGUCAUCUACUCCAAGUCCGACUGCGACGACUGCCUCGAGCACGACUGCUUCUUCUACAACACACAGUACCACAGCUUUAUCUCCGUUAACCACACCACCUUCCACCACUGUGUAUUCUACCACCACUCCAUCACCAUCCUCCACGACAAGCAGCACUCAGAGCAGCACCACACCACCAUCGCAACAUCCCGGCUCCACGCAGAACGCAACAGGGAGCAGCCGAACGACAAGAUCUACCACUGUCUCUCAAAAAGAUGGACCAAAAAGUGGGGACAGCAACCUCUCACACCGUGCUUCAGGUGGUCACUUCCUCCUCGGGAACAACAUCACGGUGGCAGUUCUGGGUGUCGUCAUCCCUAUAGUUCCUAUCCUUGCCACAGUGGUCCUCACGCUGGCGUGCACCGGAGGCUACCUGGUCUGGCGGAACUGGAGGCGGCGCAACACCAAGAGCAUGAACUUCGACAACCCGGUGUACCGUAAGACCACCGAGGAAGACGACGACGAGAUCCACAUUGGCCACAGCGAACAGAUCGGACACAUCUACCCAGCCCGCGUGGCGCUCAGUGUGGAGGAUGACGGAUUACCCUGAGGUUGUUUUCUCUUCCCUCCCUCCCUCCAUCCCUGUGUCCAUCCAUCCACUUGUUUGGGUCCCUCGGUCUGGUGGGGAGACUGCAGCACUGUACAGCAAGGCCGAGAGAGAACAGGACACACACACACACACACACACAUUCGCUCUCUCUUUGGUGUUAGUGCUAUGUGACACACAGGACUUGUCCUUUAGAGGCUGUGUAGCUCUUCUGACGGAUUAGAGACUAACACUAACCUGUCUCUCCUCUAGCUCUACUGCAGCUCCAGCGGGAACACUAGCAAAUAUUCCUCUUUAAUCAUCACUAACUUUGUAGAACGCUGCUUCAUUAAGUAAAUGCUGAGUAAUUUUAUUGCGUGUGUGUGUGUGUGUGUGUCUGUAGACAUGGAUACAGGGUGACCGGGACUAAUUUGCUUUGUUAGCACUGGACCAUUUAAAGAUUUUAUUGAGCUGGAAAGCAAAUAAUUUAUACACACACACUGGUAUAUACAGUAUAUUAUGUGGUGCAGCACUGCGGGCAGGUCCUAGAUAAAAUAAGAAAGGAAUUAUGUGCUGUAUUUAAAAGAAACUAGGCAUAAAUGGUCACGUCUGUGUCAUUUCUCGCCGCGGUCUUCUAUCAGCUGGGUUUAGACGUCUUCCCUACGUAACGCACUCGGAGAGAGUUUUAAGGAUCUUAGGAAAUGGUACACGUGUGUCUUCAGAACCCUAACAGGGCUUCCAUGACCCAAAGCCUGUCACUCCUGAGCUCUUCCCAGUGUCAUGAUCAUCAACACACACACACUGACAAGCCUACACACUCCUGUUCCUGUCCCUGAGGUUUAUCCCGCUCUACAGUUUAGUGUACACUUUCAGAUCAGUUAGCGUUCCUUGUCGCUGGAAUGGUUCCCUCAGUGGCUGAGGUUCGUGGAGGGCUUUUACAUGAGGGAAGUGUUCGAAUUUCAAUCAGCAUACACACGGCAAGCACAAUGAAUGAACAUCGCACCUGAACGCGUGUCGCUUACAGUACAUUAUAUUAUUAACACAGAUUGGUUAAAGUCUCAAAUCAUUUCUCUAACAGCACAGAUCUAAAUAUUUAUAACCGUAUCGUAAAUGAUCAUUUCGUAGAAAUCUGCUCGUUCUGGUAUGUUAUUGCUCCUGUAAUAGUUCAGUCACAUGGUCUUGUAUGACUUGAUUACGCUCCAUAUAAAUCUAAGCCUCAGGAUAAUAUUAUAUUCAUGGAACAUUAUAUUGGAAACUUUCCCAGUAUAAAAGUUGUUUCCUGUUAUCUUGUACAUUUUAGCAGCUAUAUAGAAAGUUCUCUCUCUCUCUCUCUCUCUCUCUCUCUCUCUGUCUGAGAAUUUCAUCUGUCCUUUCUGCACCACAACCUCUGUCCUUUCUGCACCACAAAUUCUUAUAAAAAUCGCUAUGGAUUAGAUAAUAAGGAUUAGAUGACGCUGAUUUCUGGUUCAUUCAUUCGAUUGGUCAAGCGACGUUCCAAGAGUGUGUAUAUAUAUUUCCUAUAAACACACUGGAAUGUUUCACUGUGUAAUUCCUACUUCCUACUUCGUAACAGUUACUACAUCACCAGCUGAAAAAAAAUGGCAAAUUUUUAUAUGUAUAACUUUUGACUUGUCUCGUCAGAUCGAGCCCGUUAAGAGAAAGUCGAAAUCAAUGUGAAGUGGCUAGCAGCUAGCUAACAGACUACAAAGUGAAGGUGGCUUCUUUCGGAUUUAUUUCUACUACCGGAGGAAAAAUAAACAAAACAUUUGGCUAUAUUCUUGCGUUUUUACUCUCAGCUCUCACUCGCAGCACUCAUCCUUGCUCAAUCAGACAUCUUUUGAGUGUAUUUCUAAACACGUCUUUUACUCUGAAACAUGGAUUUAAGCUGGAUAGAUGGAGUGUACGUCAUGUUUAGGGUUAAAUGUAUCUUUAGAAAGAUACACACUACACCCUUAUAGAGAAAGGCUUUUUUCCGAGAGUGUUGUUGGUUAGGACUUAUGUUUGUCCCGCUGUGUGAUUCAUAGCAGGAACAUUUUGUGAUUUUAUCCACAGAGAAUUUCACACAGGUUUCGCUUCAUCAUUCAGCAUCACUUGCUGUAGUCAUGAUGCCAGAUUGCGUUCAGUCAUAGUGCAGGCCAGUGGUGAACGAAGUAUUCAGAACAGAUUAGGUUUUACAUAGAGUCCAGUGACUAGACAUAUUCACAUCAGCUGACAGGAUAAAGGCUGAACAGGAUGGAGGUGUGCCGUGGUCAUGUGUAAGGUCAUGUGUCCUGACCUGGAAAAGCUUUUCUCAUUCAUGCUGGACUUGUCUUAGAUCUCUGACCAGUAAAAACACAACAAAUCUGAUUCCACCGGUUAAACUGAGUCACAUGCCCAGUAAUCAGAUUUGAAACUAAAUAUUCCCUUUUUUUGUUCCAAAAUGGAAAUUGGAAAUAAUUUUGUUUAUAAUAAUUUUGUUUAUCCUUGUACACACUAGCAGGAUGUCCAGAACAUCACCACCUGACAAUAUGAGAAAGGAGAUUUCACUGUGAACAGAUUUAACCUGAAAAUGAGACACACACUAUCUAUCUAUCUAUCUAUCUAUCUAUCUAUCUAUCUAUCUAUCUGUCUGUCUGUCUGUCUGUCUGUCUGUCUGUCUGUCUGUCUGUCUAUCUAUCUAUAUGUGCAUGUGUGUGUGUGUUUGUGGGUUAAAAAUUGGAUCACCAUAUGCAGAUAUCAAUUCGAUUCUUCCCGCAUCUGUAACUGAAGAUGACACUGUAAACCACCCAACCCCACCGCCACCCCCCCCAGUCUGUUACUGUCUGAGAGAUUAAUUGUACAUCACAGCGCUCUAUCAAAUAUUUAGAAGAUCAUUGUUUGACAUGACAGUAGAAGAUGUUGAGUUGAUCUGAGCGCGUGGGCUUCCUGCACACGUAUCCGGGUCCAGACUACAAGAUAGCGCUCGUUUAUUUCUGUAACACACGAUCCUGUCCCCUCAUGAACCCAGGAUCAAAUGUAAUGACGUCCUGUACUCGAGAGAUCUGAGCUCUAUAUUUUUUUUCAGAAAUAGCUCUGUACUCAAUGUCACUUAUUUAUCGACGUCAGAGAUUUAAGACAAGAAGAGUGUGAAUUUUAAUGUGAUCAGGUCAGGAGAUUUCAUUACAAGAGGACUAGCUAACUAGCUGACUGUUGAAAUUCACGGGGAGUGACCUGGGAUCUCACACACACUAGAAGGAGCUAGCAAACCAUCAGUAAUCUCACAGAAGAUGAUUGUUAUUUUCCCCAGACAAUUCCCCCAGCUUAAUCCCCACUCCUGUCUUAGUGACCAGGACAGACCUCGUCCGUCUCGCGCUACUUCCUGCUACUCGCAUCAGUAUCACAUGGUAUCAUUCAUUCAGCUAUCUUAAUUCCUUAAGCUAAACUUUUUUGAAGAGAUAAAUCAUUAUUUUCUAAAUCUAACUAGCUGCUUUGAAAUCACUAGCAAAAAAGAUGCUAUAAAUCAAGUGAAAUAAGCUAGCUGGCUAGCAGGACUGUGACUGGAGUAACUAGCAGGGUUGUAAACUGUAGUAGCUAAGACGAACUAGCAGGCUAAUUGUUUAGUAUCAAAUGAAAUUGGUCGUUUUAUAGCCUUAAGAUGGAAUCACGUCUUUAUUUUAUCUAGUAGCUGAACAUUAUGUGUAUAAUUCAACUUAUAGAGAGUGUAGAGACCUUGAGGACUAUUUUUUUUGUUUUUGUAAAAGGGACAUAAUUUGUCUGCCGGAAGAGAAAACAGUGGUAAACUCUAGGCAUCAGAUUUCCUGUUGACUUUUAUUUCAUGCUCAAUAAUAAGUGGCUUAGUGUGAUGUAGAUCUUCUACAGCUUCAUCCACUAAAUAAAUCAUUCGUUCUAGACGUUUUGGGGACUAGAUCGAGAUUUGUGCUUGUAUGUUUGCCUUAACUGUGAGACUCGGUGUCCGUGUGUAUGAGACCAGACUUUCACACACUUGUUGGAAGAGGAUCGCUGCAGUAGAGACGCAGAGUAAAGCUGCACUGCUCAGGCGCAGACACGCCGUACAGGACGAGAAGGUGUAAAACUGUUUCUGUCUUAAAACACUGAAAGCAAUGAAGUGUGGGGAUUCGGGGUUUUUUUGUUUUUUUUUUUUUUUGGAACACGUAGUCUCCGUAGACUUCCCCACGCUCUUCCCGAUUCAUACUUCCAAUACGUUUUUUGGGUCGAUACGAUUAGAACGACAUACUUUUUCUUACGCAAGCAAUACAGGGUAACUUUAUUACUUAUCUUUCUCCAGAUUAGGUCUGGAGUGUUUUGCUGGUGUAUUUUUUCUACAUGUACCUGGUGGUUUGUACUGUUUAGAGAUGAGAGCUGUGCACAUUUUGUACGUAGCCUUUUUACGGCGCCGUGUCGGAGGUGGCCCGUCGGUGUUCUUUUAAAAAGGGACGCCUCGAGUUCGGUAAGCAUGCGGUAGAGCGUGCGCUUCACCUAGGCAUUUAGACAUGGACUAAUCCCCCAACCUUUCAGUCGACAUCGACACUUUCUGUGUUCCUACUCUAUGCAUAUCGAAAGGUAAAUCCCUGCCUUCCUGCAGUGCAGUGCAGGGUUUGCACCGUGCUGCUCCGUCCUCUCAUCAUAUCGCAUCCCAUCUCUCACCCUACUAACAUCAGCUGUUUAACCCAUCCCUCACUUUCUCCACUCAUCCCCGAACGGUUGGUUUUUUUCUUUUUUCUUUUUUUUUGAAAGGGCUAUCUUUUCCCUCACGUGGGAAGCGGAAGAACGAGCCGGAAGAGGACGGCGCUCCUUCCUCUCGGCUGAUCCCCCUACCGAUCCCUCCGACAAAGCGGUACUGCUGACUCGCCUGUACGCUGGCUCCCUGUCCUCUCUUUUGUGACCUGUGAAUAGCUCCAUUUUUUGAUUUCCCUUCGCGAGUGUACUACUUGAACAAAUGUCCAGACUCAUCUCUUUUUCUUUUUAUUCAAUGUUGAUGUACAGUAUCAGGAAGCAGAUAUUUUCUCUCAGGGAACCGUUUCUUUAACGUGUUCCUUAAAAAAAAAAUAAAAAAAAAAAAAAAAACAUUUUCUACAACUGUUUGUUGCACAAACUUUUCGAGAAGCCUUCUGCACUGUGUAAAUGAUUACAUAGGAGAAGGGACAAAUGGGGACGGGUGGGCUGUGCACCGGGCUCGAAUCGAGAUUUGUAAAUACCUUUUCAUACGGCAGAACUUUUGAUAAUGUUUUAAACAUUUCUGUAAAAAGAUGUCUAUAUUAGUCUCCUGGAAGCAGAUGGAAAGAGUUUAGACCAAUUUAUUUGUACAGUGAAAGCACUGCAUUUCUUUUUACUACUUGAUUGUAACUAAAAAUUAAUCAGCCAAAGUGUUUUCUUUACUUUUUUUCUUUUUUCUUUUUUUUGCUUUUUAUUUUCUUUUUAUUAUAAUUUAAUUAACAGUAAAUCAUUGCAGAAGUAGGCGUCGCCGGUGUAUUUAAUUCUAUAUAAUAGAUUACGUGUUGAAAGACAGGAUUAUUGAGUUUAAUUUAUUGGUGCCUUGUUUGUGUAUAUUUUUCAAUACUGUUAUUUUCUCUUUUUAUCUUCCCUUCCUCCUGUGUGUUGGGUUUUGUGGGGUUGUAGGGUAUUUUGGGGGCUUAACCUACCAACACUGUACUUACUUGGGAUAUCUGUACUGUAUGCCAAAAUGGUCUCACUCACGUUUCUAUGAAAAUCGAGCUGUCGAUAAAUAUCUCUAUAUAUUGAUAUAUUAAAUUGUUUUUAAAAAUCUAA